GAGGUGAGAGCCGAUGGUGGCGAGAGCAGGCAUUCAACAGGCCCAGGUGUCAGGAAGAGGUCAGCUUGUAACUGUGUCGGGUGACCGGCAGCUGUCCCCAUGCCAGCAUGAGGGACGCAGGCAGGGAAGUCAGUGCAGGGUGGCGUCCCUGGUAGACCCGACCACAAGGACACCGGCCACGGUUUAGCCUUCCCCUGAUUCUUCAUGUUUAAAGGAUGAAAAGUCGUAAAGAUGCUUGGACCCUGGGCACAACCAUAAGACUCUUGGGAUACUGGGGGUUUUCUCUCUCCUGAGACGUUUUUAAGAAUUAAAGAAUGAAUUUGGACAGCGAUGGAAUGGCUGACAUCAUUGGCAAAGUGUCCACAAUGGACAUAGAGGGGAAUUAUAAAAAGGCACAGAAAAAUGAGAGAGAAUCCAUCAGGCAGAAGUUGGCGCUUGGGAGUUUCUUUGAUGAUGGCCCAGGAAUUUAUACCAGCUGCAGCAAAAGUGGGAAACCAAGCCUUUCUUCCCGGCUACAAAGUGGGAUGAACUUGCAAAUUUGUUUUGUGAAUGACAGCGGCAGUGACAAAGACAGUGACGCAGAUGACAGUAAGACAGAAACAAGCCUGGACACCCCUUUGUCACCUAUGAGCAAGCAGAGCUCUUCCUACUCUGACAGAGACACAACUGAAGAGGAGUCAGAGUCCCUGGAUGACAUGGAUUUUCUCACCAGACAAAGGAAGCUGCAGGCAGAGGCCAAGAUGGCACUGGCCAUGGCCAAACCAAUGGCCAAGAUGCAAGUAGAAGUGGAGAAACAAAACAGGAAAAAAUCUCCAGUGGCUGAUCUUCUGCCACACAUGCCUCAUAUAAGUGAAUGUUUGAUGAAAAGAAGUUUAAAACCUACUGACCUGAGAGACAUGACCAUUGGGCAGCUACAAGUGAUAGUCAAUGAUCUCCACUCCCAAAUAGAGAGUUUGAACGAAGAGUUGGUGCAGCUACUUCUCAUCCGAGAUGAAUUGCACACAGAGCAAGACGCCAUGCUGGUGGACAUAGAAGAUUUGACUAGACAUGCUGAAAGCCAGCAGAAGCACUUGGCUGAGAAAAUGCCAGCAAAAUGAACCCGGAGCCCCCACCAGGAGACCACACUCGAAAACUAUCGUGUUUCUGUGGUCAUAAAAUGUGGAUACACCCUUGGAGGGGUGCACCGAGAAACAAAAAAAUCAGUGUUAGUCAUUGAUGAUGUCCGAAGCUUCAUGUCCAGUGAUUGGCCUUUGCUUCUUAAUUUAUUUUAAUUUUAACUCGUGCCACUAAAUAGCCGGCAUUUUAAUAAAAUACAGUUAUGAGAAGAAAAUAUACAGUAGCCAUGCUGUUACACACCAUGGUUGGAAACAGAGGGUAGCUUAACUUUAUUUUUUAUUUGUUUAGAGACUUUCAGUUGGACCCGUCCUUUUCCAUUGCCUACUUUUACUCCUCACUGUAGUUCAGUCUAAAGAAGAAGCUGUCAAAGCCGGUGCUAUCCAAGUCCAAACCAUACCUGCCUGCCUCGUCGUGAAGUCGUAGCUUUCUGUCAUCUGGAUAUUUUAAUCAGUUUUCAACAUUUUGUGAAUGUUGACUACCUGACCUUCAUUUUUAGAUGUGCUAUUAACAUUCAGCUGGAUUCAGAGAGUUUCCCUGGAACGUUUUAUGUAUAAAUAUGUAAAAUAAAAAUUGAAAAUUUGUUUCAUA